AUGCGGCCCUCCAGUGCAAAUGUCGCCGACUUCCAGGUCUUCGUACCAGGCGUCGAUGCGGGGACUGCCUUAUUGUUUCUUGAGUCCGCAAGCUCCAUCAACGAGGCCGUGGAUCAGUACUAUGAAAACCCGGGGAGAUACUCACGGUGUUCAUCUUCCAUAGUAUCGACGAUUCACAGUCCAAUCGACCCAGCCAGUUCGCGACUUUAUCCCAGCUCUAUCAGUACCUCACCUGAAGCUACCAUGCAAGCCAACUCACCCCCAUCAUACCCGUCUCCGCCUCCAUCAAGGGCCAGUGUGAGCGGGAGUGGAUCUUCACGGUCAGGCCAUACAAAUGCAUUGAUUAAGGCAGCCACGCUCCGCGCAAAGGAUGAGCAGGAGAUGCAGAACAUGCUCCAGACUGUCCAGCAGACCUUCCACGUCUUCAACCCAGAAAUCGAACCUGAACAUGAAUGCCAGUACCCUUGCAAUUGUCUGAUCCACAAGUACCUCCAGCGAAAGGUUGAUCGUCUGGACAUUCAAGAGAUGUGGUCGAAGGCUGUGAUGUACCCCGGUGAAAAGGCCUACCAUGACUGCGCCCAGGUCCGCCUCUUCAACAACAAUCCCUAUCAAUCUGCAGUCGUUUCACCAUACGGUUUCAGUGGUUCAACGUUCUAUGGGAUGCAAAGGCCCGAUCCACAUUCUCACGCCAAGGCUGUACAACAGACCAUCGAGCUGAACAACUCCCUCAAUUCCAAAUCACAGACACUCGUCGAUGCGCAAGAGCCAGCAUUUAAUAUAUGGGAGGUUGAUCAGUUACAAUCCUCUAUGUUCAACAUCGGUAUUGGUACAUCCUCUGCUCAUAGAGAUAACCUUGGCAGCAAAUCUAAACGUGCAAGCUUAAAGAAGGCCCUCUCCAUCAAGUCAUCGGCAGAUAAAGUGGCUUCGAAGACUUCAAAGUUAUUCUCUGAGGCUCGGGAGCUUCAAGAUGCGAUUCUGCAAGAGGAGGAUGGCAGGUGGCCUGAGCAACUGGAUCGAGACAUUGUUUCUUCUUAUCAAACAAAGGUUGGCAUGGCUGAGAAGAUCGCCGAGUGCCGGGCCAAGCGUCCUCUGCAAUACCUACAUCUCCUCAGGGCCGGAUACUUCGAGCCUAUCCCGGUAGCAUGGGCAGGGCAAGCCUCAAAUCCGCUCAAAUUCACCAUUGACGGGGCUGCGGGGUGGCGAGGAAUCACGCCAGCGUGGCGAGGUUAUGAGGACACUGCGGAGGAACGCCUCUACUGGGUGUUGAAUCAUCGACUGGAGGAUCCAGACUCUCGACUGAAGCCUGACUUGAUCUCGGCGUUGAAUAUGGCUCGUGCAAGGAUGGCACGAGCUGUGAAACCACCUCCUACCUACUACUCUAUCAGUGACAUCUGUCGGCAAAAUUCCUCCCAAGGGUAUUCUGACCAAGUUAUGCCGCGUUCCUUUCACCCGUUUGACCCCUCAAAUCAACAACCAGAUAACACUAUGAUUCUUCUGGAUGUUUCAGGGUCUAUGGAUUUCCAACCACGUCGGCCCGAAUAUAACGAAUAUCUUAUCACGAGCUAUACACGAUCAGCACAGCCGAAAAAUAAGGGUAAUUACUUCAUUUUGCAUCUAAACUUCAGAACUCUCAACUCACAAACCUUCGCAGAUCUGGCAAAAGCUAUCAUCGGCCGUUUCAUCGAUGCAAUGGGCAACCACGAUCAUAAUUGGUCUGGGUAUGAACUCACUACUUUCGCUAGCCAAGCUGAAUAUAUCGGGGUCAUAAAUCACUGGAAUCUUGACGAAAUGUGGCAAACCGUCCGUUUUGGUGGUCGCACGAGGGUUAUGGCUGGCUGGCAACGGGUGAAAGAGUUACACUUCCAGAAACAUAGCGACACUGCCACAUACCAUCCUGUUUACGGCUGGCAAGCCGGCCCUCAAACACCUAUGCUUCGGCUGCUACUCAUUCUUGACGGUGAAGCACGGGACAUGGAUGAGUUCGAGCUUGACCUCUUGAGCCUUUCAUGGGCCCAUGUGACCAUUUUCCUUAUCGGCGUUGACCGCUGCCUGCAUCAUCACCGUCACGCGAACGAGCUACAGCGUAUCGGUGAGGUUAACCCUCAUGUGUCUUUUAUAGAUGCCCAGGGCAAUGCACCCGAACGUUUUAUAACUCAUGAGCUCCUGAAACGUCACCUGGGCUACGAGCUUUCUUUGGACGAGUUUGAAGACCUCGAGCAUGCGCCUGGUGAUUCUCGUCGUGCAGAACUACCUGCGCUUGAGCCACCGCCGCCGAACUUACCUGAACUCGAACAACCACCGCCCCCUUCUCCUGUUGAACUUCCAGCCUUGGAGACGUUGCCAUCGCAGUAUUUGAUGGAACAACCGCCUCCUUAUUCUGCGUCUGCGUAA